UUACUUUCUUCUGUCAAUCGUGUUAAGGGGGGGAGAACAACUGUCUAAUCUAAUUAAUCAAAUUGUAGGUGAAAAUUUUAAUGGCUGCUCUGAUUUCAUAUACUUAAUAAUCAUCAAGUAUGUUUACGUGAAUAUUUCAAGUUGAAGUGAGAAUUAUUGAAAAUUUUGAUAACUGCUUCUCGUAAUCACCAGAUUACUACCAACAAAUUUAUCUCAAAGUGAAGUGAAUUGUUUAGUACCAAAGUAUCGGCCGCUAUUUUAGUAAAAUGAGAGGACGUUCUGGAAGAAGAUCAAGAAGCAGAGAUCGCAGGAGAUCUCGUAGUCGUGACAGAGGUUAUGGCGGGGGAGGUGGCAGGAGAAAUGCCACCGGUUCAAAUCUACGUAAACCUAGAUGGGACCUGAGUCGGUUAGAACCAUUCAAAAAAGAUUUUUACGUACCUCACCCAUCCGUUUCUAACCGUUCAUUGCAAGAAAUUAACGAAUGGAGACAGAGCAAAGAGAUUUCUCUGAAAGGAAAAAAUAUACCUGACCCUGUAUUUUCUUUUGAGGAGGCUGGUUUUCCGGACUAUGUAAUGAACGAACUGAAAAAAAUGAAUUUCAAAAAUCCCACUGCCAUUCAGGCUCAAGGUUGGCCUAUUGCUUUGUCGGGACGUGAUAUGGUGGGAAUCGCUUCAACUGGAUCUGGUAAAACUCUGAGUUAUAUUUUACCUGCCACUGUUCACAUCAAUAAUCAGUCAAGGCUGUUGCGUGGAGAUGGUCCUAUAGUUCUGAUCCUGGCCCCAACAAGAGAAUUAGCCCAACAAAUCCAGCAGGUUGCCUCUGAUUUCGGUCAGACUUCAAAAAUACGUAGUACAUGCGUAUUCGGUGGUGCACCCAAGGGUCCACAAGUGAAUGACCUAAUGGACGGAGUAGAAAUAGUUAUUGCGACUCCAGGCCGUCUCAUAGAUUUCUUAGAAACCAAUAGGACAAAUCUGAAGAGGUGCACUUAUUUAGUUCUUGACGAGGCAGACAGAAUGCUUGAUAUGGGUUUUGAACCUCAAAUCAGAAAAAUUAUCGAACAGAUCCGACCGGACAGACAAACCUUGAUGUGGUCUGCUACUUGGCCAAAAGAAGUACAAAAUUUAGCUCAGGAAUUCUUGAAGGAUUACAUUCAGAUCAAUGUCGGGUCGCUGCAGUUGUCUGCCAACCACAAUAUUUUACAGAUUAUCGACGUUUGCCAAGAAAGCGAAAAGGAAACCAAAUUGAGUACUCUUUUGAAGGAGAUUAUGGCCGAAAAGGAAAACAAAACAAUCAUUUUUAUCGAGACCAAAAGGAAAGUCGAUGAAAUCACUAGAAAAAUGAAGCGAGAUGGUUGGCCAGCGGUCUGUAUUCACGGAGAUAAAACUCAACAAGAGCGAGACGGGGUACUACAAGAUUUUAGGACCGGAAAAGCUCCUAUUCUCGUUGCCACAGACGUAGCCGCAAGAGGUUUAGAUGUUGAGGAUGUGAAAUUUGUGAUCAAUUUUGAUUACCCAUCCAACUCUGAAGACUAUGUCCAUCGGAUCGGUCGUACUGGCCGUUCGCUGAGAACAGGAACUGCAUAUACAUUCUUCACUCCGAGCAAUUCGAACAAAGCAGCCGAUCUGGUGUCAGUUCUUAAAGAGGCUAAACAAGUUAUCAAUCCAAAGUUGCAGGAUAUGGCUGAUCGCGGAUGGAUUCCAAACCCAUCAGGAGGAAGAGGAAGAAACAGAUGGCCCCGGCGAGAAAGGGGACGUCGUUCCUUUUCGAGAUCGAUAUCCAGAUCUAGGUCCAGAUCACCUAGGCGCAGACGAGACAGAAGUAGGUCGAGGGAUAGGAUACGUAGAAAGAGAUCUCGUAGUGUCAGCCGAGAUAGAUCUAAGUCUCCAAUUAAAGUAUCGAAGCCAAAUACUUCGAUAUCACCACCUACUCAGGCACCGAUGCCACGUGUAAUCUCUCCACAAACACGCCCAACUCAACAAUUGCCGCCGUCCCUUCAACGAUCGGAGUUACCGCCGCCGCUUCAACGGUCGGUGUUACCGCCACCCAUUCAGCGAUCGGAGUUACCUCCACCCCUUCAACGACCGAAUCAACCACCUCCGAUUCAACAACAGACGCAACCUUUACCACCUCUACAGCAGAUGCCGCCAGUUGCACAACUGCCUCCCCAAUCUGCGCCCUUGCAACAUCCCCCGCCGCAAACUCGACCGAUUCAACCUCCCCCACAACCUAGAGCAGUCCAUACUCCACAGCAACUGCCUCUUCCUCAGCUUCGACAUAUGCAACACCAAGCUCCUCCUCAGCCACAUUUACAACAACCGCCACCUCCCCCUCCACAGCAGCACUCGAUGCAGCAACCACCCCCUCUUCCUCCUCAGCAAGCUCCUCCCCAACAGCAUCCCCCACCACACACGAUACAACAGCAUCCUAUGCAGCAUCAACAACCCUUACAGCAACAUUCCCUGCAUCAGCCACCCCCACAACCCAGAGCUUUUCAACCUCAACCGUCCCAACCAAUGAUGGCGUACCACCAGAAUCUGCCGCCUCCGCCAUCCACACAGGCGAACCCCUUCGGGGGCUAUCAUCUGCCGAAUGGGACACUAUUUUUUAAUUCUCCUCCCCCGCCACCUCCUGCACAGAGGGUGACAGGGAUGUACUUCCAGUAUGCGCCUCCACCGCCGACUCAUCGUUAGAACCAAGGGAGCUUAGUUAGGAAUUGAAUUAUGAGUUGAGUUGAGGGAUUCAGAAUCGCUCGUUUGGCUACAUACUAAUAUUAGUGUCCAUUGAAAGGGCGUUUCUCAUACAUUGAUUUGGCAUCAUAAGCAGUUGGGUGACACGGGAAACUUAUUUGAAAAUAGUAUUCCAAAAAGAUUUGAGUACUACUAAAAAAUUAUAUUACAGUAGAACUUCAAUUAUCCGAACUCCAACAAUCUAGAUGAUUUUUAAGAAAAAAAAGAUUUGGGAAAGAAAGUUUUUGGCUUUCUACUACAUCUUGAUACAAAAAAAUGUAGAAA